CCAUAGAAUACAGUACUGGCCUGAUCCGAUCCCGGACAACAUGUCAAUAUAGAUUUACAACAAAAAACCUUCAUUUUGGCUUGGUCAUGUAAGGGGAUAUAUCCAAGACGGGUUAAUCUUUACUUUUUUAUUUGGCAGGAACUCUUCUCUUACCGUAUUUGGAUAUUCAAAUAAAAAUUGAUAAAAAAUGAUAUCAAACAUGCAAACUGUGAAAUGCCAAGUUCAGAAUUCUGAAAAAGCAGCCUGUGGCUUAACAAGAAUGUCAGAAAGAUGUCCUAACCUGUAUCUGACUCUGGAUAUCAAGUUAAAUGUAAUGAGACUGUCAUGUGUUUAUUUAGAUUUUGUAAAUAUUUCCUGUUUACCCUUAGGAAUGAGUAAACAAAUACCUUUACUUAAAGUGUUGUCAUUAAGUGGAAACAAGCUAACCUACAUUCCUGAUGACUUUGGUGAUUUUGAAAAUUUAGUUGAACUUUGUUUAAGCAGAAACAAUAUCCAAAUGUUACCAGAAACACUUUCAAAGUUAAAAAAACUAGAAAUGUUGAAAGUAAAUGCCAAUGUACUGACAAAGCUUUACAGUGAAAUUGGUCAGAAUGUAAAUUUAAUUAUUCUGAAAGUUGAUGCCAAUAAGUUGAAAAGACUUCCAGCUACCCUAGGCCUUUUAAAAAAUCUCUGUGUGCUAGAGGCUCAAAAUAACAAAAUAAAUAACAUACCCCCUACUAUUAAAUUCUUAAUACAUCUUCUUAAAGUGAAUUUUAGCUGUAAUCAUCUGGUUGAUGUACCCCAAACGUUCGGUGAACUAAAAUAUUUAAAACACAUAGAUUUAUCCUAUAACAGGCUUAGUUCCUUAUGUGAAAUAUUUAACUCCAGUUCAACAUUAGAGUAUUUGUGUUUGGAUUUUAAUAGAUUUUCAACUUGUCCAGAGUGGUUUAACUACCUUCAAAAUUUAUCAAUAUUGUCAAUGACUCACAAUAAGUUGAGGAAUGCUGCUUUGCCUAAUGGGUUUGGUUUAUUGAAUGCAAAGUUAAAUACUUUAGACUUAAGAGGAAAUUUCAUAACUCAUCUUCCUGAUACAGUAGGCAAAUUACAUUGCCUUAAAAAAUUAUACCUCGGAUUAGGAACAUCCACUGUUAACACUGUAAGGAUUGCUUGUAUUUUUGGAAACUGGCUUGAAAAGUUACCAGAUAGUUUUAUUUCUCUCACUUCCCUCACUGUUUUACAUAUAAACCAGAACCAGCUAAAAGAAAUUCCAUCAGAAUUUGGAAAACUCAUCAAUUUGAUUGACUUACAUCUUGACUCAAAUAUGCUUGUCAAAUUACCAAAGUCUUUUCCACAACUUGCUUCUUUGAAAAGAUGUCAUCUUUCAAGCAACAGAAUUUCAAUUUUGCCACCAGAUUUUGGUUUAUUAGUUACACUCACUGAAUUGUAUCUAAAUUCAAAUAAGAAUAAAUUUGAUGUAGUAUACUCAACAUGCAUUACUCUGAAGGCAAUGUGCUACGAUGAGUUUGUUUCUUUUCAAAAGGAGAGAUUAGAUGAAAAUGCUAUUUAUGAUAAAGAAAUUUUUUUUGAAAGAAACGAUACACAGACUUCAUGUUUAAAUUAUAAUACAGAUGAAGACUGGGAUAAAGAAAUUUCUAUUUCAUGUAUUAAAAAAAGUACGAUUUUGAAAACAGAAGACUUUCCGAAGCAAUUUUUGUAUGCUCAUGAUAACAACGUUGAUGGACAGUUUGAAUCAGAUAUUGAAUAAAUGCCUUAAAAAUGAUUUUAGUAUUAGUUAAAAGUGACAAAUAAUGGGUAUUUUAAAUUGUGUACCAAAACAUUUUUCUUUGAAAAACAUUUGUAUUUGCUAAUAAUUUUUUGGUUUGAAUAAAGUUCUUAUUGUGGA